UUUCCAUUUUCCAGUAAUUACUUCAGAGAAUACCAGCUGUUUAUCCUUGUGUAAGUAUGGCGGCUGCUAGAUAUGGGCUCUCAAUUUGUGCAGCCCAGUCCAUGAGAAUCAAAGUACGUUUGUUAAAAGGGGAAAAUACUUGAUUUUGCUGUGAAUUGAAAUAAUUCAUCGUCAUCAAUCUCAAUCUCAAUCUCUGAGUUGCUCGACCCCGCUGUUCUCUUUCAGUUGCAGACUCACAUUAAUUGGCAUGGAAGCUUUUAGGGUGCAAAGCCUUGCAAAAGCCGGCAACCUUCCUCCUCAGUACAUCCAGCCUCCAGAUACUCGACCCCACCGCAAACACCCUCGGCAAACUAAUGACAAACAGAUACCCACCGUCGAUCUCUGCGGUUUUGACCCCGCCCUCAACGUGGUCUCCACCAUCGAUGCCAUAGGCCGUGCCUGCAGGGAAUGGGGUGUUUUUCAUGUCGUCGACCAUGGCGUCCCAGCUCAAUUACUCCGCCAGAUCAUAUCCGUUGGCCACUCCUUCUUCAACGAUUCCUCGGUCGAAGAAAAGCUCGUGUACGCCUGCGACCCAAACUCCGCUGCCUCUGAAGGCUACGGCAGCCGGAUGCUCCUGGGUUCCCAGAAAGACACCGUCUUGGACUGGAGGGACUACUUCGAUCACCAUACUCUCCCCCUUUCUCGCCGCAACCCCUCUCGAUGGCCUCAUUUCCCUCCCAAUUAUAGGCAAGUUGUGGCAGACUACGCAGACAACAUGAAGGUCGUGGCCCACAAGUUGCUGGCCCUCAUCUCUGAGAGUUUAGGGCUGCCGUCUUCGUGCAUUGAGGAAGUUGUCGGGGAAUUCUACCAGAACAUCACUAUUAGCUUCUACCCUCCCUGUCCUCAGCCAGACCUCACUCUUGGCCUCCAAGCCCAUUCCGACAUGGGGGCCAUUACUUUGUUGAUUCAAGAUGAUGUUAGUGGUCUUGAGGUAUUCAAGGAUGGAGAGUGGGUCAUCGUAAAUCCUUUGCCUGACGCCAUCCUUGUCAUUUUGGCCGACCAAACCGAGGUAAUAAGCAACGGAAUUUACAAAAGCGCAGUGCAUAGGGCAGUGACAAACGACAACAGAGCGCGACUCUCAGUUGCCACAUUUCAUGACCCGGCCAAGGCAGUCAAAGUAUCGCCUGCUUCCCAACUCGUCACUCAAUCUUCUCUUGCUCGCUACCGUCCAGUAGUUUAUGGGGACUACGUCUCCUCAUGGUAUUCAAAGGGCCCGGAAGGUAGAAGGAAUCUAGACGCUCUCCUGCUUAACUAGAUUUUAUUUCAACAUUUAUGCCACGGUUUGCAUGUGCUGGAGAAAACUUCAAAUAUAUGUUCUGUUACAUUCUUAAAUAAAUAUCGUAAUAUAAAUAAUUUACAAAAAUGCAGCAGCAUUUUUACAUCU